AUUUCAUUGUUGAACAAUUAUCAAUGGAGUUUUGUUUUAAAUUGUUUUAGUUGAACCUUCUGUUGGUCCACAUUUUGAAAGUGUGAUAAGUAAACACUUGUUAAUUUUCGACUUCACUCAAAAAUGCCGUUUCAUCGAGACGACCAAACUAAUGAGUACAGAACAAACAGAACCACAGGAGAUUCCAAUUUCAGAAGAGAUGGUGAUAUGAGAGAAAAUACGUCUGAAAGUCAGCAAGGACAAAACUAUUAUGUAGCAAAGGCACCUAACGUAACAUCGUAUAUAGAAGGAAGUUAUUCUGACUAUGCACGCCCACAAAAUUCACAUGAAAGAAACUAUACAUCACAGCAUGAUAGAAAUUAUCAGGAAAGAAGAGGUGAAGAAGAAUCAGGACCACUUUACUCUUAUUCAGUUGAUGAUAUGCCGCAUCGUGCAGGCACCGUAACAAUGAAUGAAGAACAAGGCGUAUUACCUGUCUCUACCGAUGAGAAUUAUUCAAAUAGAAGUCAAUCGGGACAUAAUAACACGAGGUACAACAGGAAUCUUGACUGGUCAUUUCCAGUCACUCAUCAGCUACAUAGAAAUUUAAUGAUUUCGUUGAGUGACUGAUACAGACAUUUUUAAUACUUAAAAAACUAAAAUAUGUUUAAGAUAAGCGAAUAAGCACAGAAAAACCUGGUAAAUACUGGCAAUAUCUAGUGCACAGUUCCAGAAAAAAUACAUGAAAAAAGCAGUGUUAUAUCACGAUAACACACCAACAAGUACAUCUACGAGUUUAAAUAACGGACAUUUUCAUCAUAAAGUUUCAAGUUCUACGCUAUUUUAUUUCUCAUCCUUGAAUUGUGUUUUAAAUAAAUCUGUCUGUUAUUGAGUUUAUGCUAUUUUUAAGCUCUAAAAUACAUUUUUUGAAAAUAAACAUCUCAGCUUGUAUUAAUCCCUAAAAAAUAAAUCAUUGUAUGAACUAUUAGUUGUUUACAGUAAUAAGAAGUGUUGAAAGUUCUUAAUCUGUGUAAGUGAUUGCUAUGGACAAACUACAAGUUACGGCUUCACUGUUUAGUUGUUUUACAGAUGGUUGAGUUACUAGCUUAUUCAAAAUGUGACAAAAAUUCUCAGUAAAGAAGGUAUAAACUUGAAAAGUGUUAUAGGUAAAGUACUAAUCACCAGAAUAUUGUAUGACCCGGUGUUGUUCCGUCUAAAAGAAGAUUUAAUCCCCUACGAUGUUUUCUAUUCAUUUCCAUCUUGAAGCGCAUAACAGUAGGUUGAAUUCCAAGAAAACGUAUACUUGAGUGCAUGUUGCCAAACAGGAAAUAAUUGAAGAAUUAAAACAAUAGCAAAUGAACAAAAUCAGAUCGUCAUUCUAGAUGGAAACUCAGAUAGCCGAACCGUUUAAGCAGGCUAUAAAAAUAGAUAGUGCGUCACAGCAUAAAAAUAAUUUGCCAUCAUAGAUAAGUGUUAUUUGGACAUACUUUUUUAUUUCAAAUUAAAUAAUGACUUCUAAGUCCAUACACAUGCACAGUGAAUAAUAAAUUUAACACAGAUGAGAAUACAAACCCUCAGUCCUGACGACGGUUUACCAUAGAAAAUUACUUGCGUGGACCUACUUAACUGAGAACAAUAAUGGAGAAGUUAUGAAAAAUUUUGAUUUCAUCAAAUCAUCAUAAUCAGUCUGAAUACUAUUCUGGAGGAUGUCAUGAAAAAAAAAUUUUUUUGAUUAAUAUUUUUAAGUUUUGCUAAAUGUCUGCUUCUUUUAAAUAAACAUUAAGUACGAU